UUCCGGCUGGGAAGAGUAACCACGUUGACAUGUCAAACUAUAUUUAAAACUAUGGUUGAAUGCAACAUCUUAAACCAGAAAUGCAAAUUUUUAGAAUAAACAUUAUAUUUUACUUUAUGAUUUUUGGAUAAAGACAAUAACAGAUCGUGUGUAUCAUUUAACCAGACCGGCUUCUAUCACUUUUGACACUGACAGUUGCAUUCUAUAUAUCCUGUAAAGGAACUGUAGUUUAUAUGGGAAGAAUAUAUUUCAACUGUAAUUCAAUGAUUCAACUAUGUACCUGUAUGAAUAAACAGCUUCAUAACUUGUCGUCACGGCAACUGAUUGUCCUAGUUACAGUAUUUAUUUUAUUGGGAAUUUUGGUUUUCCUUUCCAUCGAUAUAUUUGUGUUUAGCUAUGAUAAGGAUGCACAGGACUUACAUAUCAAAAGACCCUUGGCCUCUGUUCCAACUAAAAUUGACUUUGGACCAAAUGUACAUUUUGGUAUAGUGAUAGACUGUGGAAGUAGUGGAAGUCGAAUAUUUAUUUAUUUUUGGCCACCACAUUCAGGGAAUCCAAGUGAUCUACUUAGUAUCCAGCAGUUAAUGGACCCAACUGGAAAACCUGUGGUCAAGAAAAUUAGUCCAGGUUUAGAUACAUUUGAGAAGAACCCUGGUGCUGCUAGUGAUUAUAUCAAUCCCUUGUUAAAGUAUGCUGCAUCUCAUAUCCCAUCUGUUCACCAUGCUGACACACAGCUGUUUAUACUGGCAACAGCUGGCAUGAGGAUGAUCCCACAGGAAAGUCAAAAAGCAAUAUUUGAGGAUUUAAAGAAUGAUAUACCUAAAAGCUUCCCAUUUGUUUUCUCUGACUCCAAUUUUGAAGUAAUAAGUGGAAAGUUGGAGGGGGUGUAUGCCUGGAUUGCUGUAAAUUAUGUUCUACAGAAGUUUGGACAUGGAGAAGAAGAACAUCCAUUAGUUUGGGUGGAAUCCCUUAAGAAUGAAGAUUCGUCUGUUCGUCCACACAUGCGACGGAGAACAGUUGGUAUGUUAGAUAUGGGAGGUGGAUCUUUCCAGAUUGCUUUUGAAGUCACAGGAAAGGAUUCAUCUAUACCAAAGCACAGAAUAGCUGAGUUUAACCUUGGAUGUCAGAAUAAUGACCUUGACCAUACCUAUAAAGUGUAUGUAACCACUUUCCUGGGAUUUGGUGCUAAUGAAGCUGAAGAGCGAUAUGAACAGAUGUUGGUCAACAAAGCUAGUCUUAGCAUACAGAAAGAACAUGAAGAUUUAGUGAAGAUUAAUAAAAGUGAAGGUAUUCAUCCAUUCCACCAUCACAGAAAAGUUAUAAUAAAAGAUCCAUGUCUGCCAGAAGAUCUGUCAUAUGAAAUAAAGAAAGGCUAUGUACUGGAAGGGGCAGGUAACUACUCAGCCUGCCAGCAUUCCCUCACACCUCUCCUGAAUAGGUCAAGGUUAUGUGAGCAGGAUUCCUGUUCAAUGAAUGGUGUACACCAACCAGAGAUUAUUUUUAGAAACAGUGAAUUUUACGGGUUUUCAGAAUUCUGGUAUACCAUGCAGGAUGUGUUUAGGAUUGGUGGCCUCUAUUACAGCAAGAGGUUUGAGGAAGAGGCCAAGAGGUUUUGCAGUACAAACUGGAUGACAUUACAGUCAUGGUAUGAGCAAAAACUGUUUCCUCAAGCUGACGAGAAACGAUUCAGACAACAAUGUUUUAAAGCAUCAUGGAUUACUACAGUAUUACAUGAAGGAUUAAAGUUUCCUAAAAGUUACCACAGUUUACGAUCUGUACAGUAUAUACAAAACAAAGAAGUACAAUGGACACUAGGUGCUCUUCUACACAGAACCCGUUAUCUACCUCUCAGGGAUAUAGAGAAAACGUCUCAAACUCAGAAGAAACAUAUAUGGACAUUACGGAGAACUAUACUCCAUAAUGAAUAUCUAAUUAUACUGUGUUUUAUUAUCGUAAUAACUGCUAUCACUUUAUAUGUAAAAAGGUUAAAGUUGUGUCCAAAAGCUGAUCUUUCUAGAGUACCAUCAAUGUCCUAUUUCAUGACCGAGGAGGGACAGAACGAACCAGGAGUUAGAUAUGGAAAUGCAUACCAGUAUCCCUGAAAUGAGAAGAAAUUCUGGAAUGAGGCCAUCAUACAAUCUGUAAUGUUACAGAAAGUAAAGUGUUCAAAUCAUUUUGUGUUCAAAGGAUAUUUUAAAUAUCUAAUUAGUGACAAAUUAUAUCUGCAAAUCCUACUAAAUGUUUUGAUAUCCAUUAUAUUUUGUGAACCAUGCAUUUAUUAUGAAGUAAAUCACAUUUUUUAUAUCCAUAGUUCAAUAGGGAAGUAAUAUAGUAAUUAGGUUAAAAUAUGCAGUGUCAUGGUAGUAAGAAAGUUAAAACUGUAUUGACCUUCAUGUUUCUAGGUUUAACCUUUUAUUACAUAUUGUAUACAAACUACAUGCAUAAUGGUUUUAAUAGACUUUUAUUUCUAAUAUGAAUUUUAAUAAUAUCAACUUUAAACUAGUGCAUAGUUUCAUAGUUUCCAUUGAGAAAAUGUAUUAUGGUCUCAUAUAGCAUAUACAACUUUGUUUGUUUAUAAGUUAUAAGUUUUGGAAAAGGGCCAGCAUAUUUCAAUAUAUAUCCACCAAAAGUAUGAUUGAAUUAGAAUGAAGCGUAGAACAGGACAAUCUAAAUUUUUGGACUGGUUUUUAAACUUUGUGGGUGUUGUGGUUUAUAAGAUACAUGUGGCAGCAAUUUAAAGUUAAUAUUCUGUAUUUUAAAUUUUAGUUAAAUUUUGAUGUUCUUGUUCUUGCAUGAUUGUGUAUUUAUAGAUUAUCGUUGAUCAUCUCAACGAGAUUGAUUUUCUCGCUUGAGCUGGUACAGCGAAAGUGAGAAAAGCAAUCGAGUUGAGAUGAUCAAUGAUAAUCUGUUUAUCGCUAUUUUACAUAUGACGACGUUGUCAAUUUCAAUGUCAAUUUCGCUAGCAACACCCAUGGCACUUUAGUUUUUAGCGAUAAUUUUUCCAUAUCAAGCGAGAAGCAUGAUAUGAAAAUUAUCACAUAAAAAGAUCAAAGGAAAAAUGCACAAAAUAGCGAUAAAUCAGAUUCUUUGUUAAAGUUAAGAUUAUUAUGGUUCCUCUUAAAACAUUGAUAAAACAUUUACAUUAUUUAUAUUAAGGGAACUCUACCAGCACUAAACAUAGCCUCAUAGGAGGCAUUGGUUCAGCAGCUCUUUAUUUAAUUAUCAAUAUUUGUGAGUAAGAUGUUUUAAACUGUCAAAUAAGAUAUAACUCAUAUAUACCAUUACAACAUUAUCCCAGGUUAGGGGAGGCAUGUUAGAGUGCCCACUCUUAUGUUUAAACCCUCCACAUUCUGUAUGUGUCUGUUCCAAGUCAGGUGCCUGUAGUUCAGUGUUUGUGUGUGGUUGCUGUCUAUCAUUUUUUUUUAAUAGUGGUGGACAUAAAUCAAGCAGUUUUUUUUCUGUCUUUAACAUUUUGACAUGUCAAUGCUGUUAUAGCUUGCAAUAUGGUAUGGGUUUUGCUCAUUGUUGAAGGCUGUACAGUCAUAUAUAUAGUUGCUUACAUUUAUAGCAUUUGGUCUCUGGUAUAUAGUUGUCUCAUUGGCAUUCAUACAGCAUGAACUUAUUUUUAUAUUCAGAACACAAUUUUAAAUUUAAGAAGAGUUAUUACCCCUGAAUCAGUGUUGCUGCAAUAACAUAUGAUCUAUUGAUAAUCAGAAAUAUGUAAAACAAUACAUGAUGUUAUUCAAACCAUUUUAUAAACAAAGAAUUUGUAUAGGCUUUCAAUCAUUUAUUAAACUUUAAUAAUAAAUAUAUAUUUAAAAAAAAUCAUCAAAGAUACCAGGCUUGUACUUUUGUUUGUGUAUCUUCUUUCAAAGAUUCAUCAGUGACACUUGGACCAAAUAUGGUACAAAGCUGAAGAGCAUUGAGGACCAAAUAUUUUUUGAAAUACAGCAAGGAAAGAGAGUCACAUAAAUUUGAACAUCUGGGAUUUACAAAAACUGUGUUUUUUAUAAAUUUUAAUGUAACAGAAGGCUGUUUAUUUGUUCUUUAUUUAUUUGGUGCAAAUUGAUUUUUUUUGUAUUUAUAUGAAAGGUGGCAUUGUAUUUGCUAUUGUAAUUCAAAUUGUAUGAAUGGUUGACUAUAAUUGGCUAAUUGAUGUAACAUUGUUUGAACAUAUGUUAUCAUAUUUUUAUAACCUGCAUGUAAAUAAUGUAUUUCUAGUCCCACAGUUUCAACAAACAUAAUAUCGGAUAUGGCAUGUUUUUUUUUGUUUCAUAUAUUUAUUAUAGGGUAUUUGUUUAUUGAUAGGAAUAUUCCAUAUUUUUUCUCAAGCACCUGUAGAAUAAGCAAUAACAGUGAUAAUUACCAAGAAAUUUUGGACAAGAAAUUGAUCAGAAAAUAGUAUGUUUUACAGAAGAUCUUAAAUCCUGUGAAAGUAUUAUUUGAAUACAGGAUAAGUACUAAUUUUCUUUAAAUUUUGUACUUCAACAAAAAGAAUAAGUAAAUAGUAACAUGCUUAAUUUCUACUGAGCCAUAUUGUAUUUGUUAUAAAACCAGUUUACAGCGAUCAUCUUGAGUCCCCAACAAACUAUAUUUUUACAAAACACAGAAAUUUAUACCCAUGAUUUCAAAGAUUUGUCUUUCUAUUAAGUACACAGAUAUUUAUUUUGCGGGUGGUAAGGGUAAUGGACAAAAAAUGGUCCCUUCCAUCAUUAUCUUACUUGUAAGUAAAAAUGAAAGUUGUGUAAAAGCCUUGAUGAUAUGAGAAAAAUAAAGUGACACAAAAAUGGCAAAUUCCUCAUGGAUAUAACUGUUUUCAAUGCAUUUUGUAUAUAUAUUUUAAUUAACUUGCCAAUUAUAAAUAUGUUGCUAUAAGAUAUGUGUUUGCUUGUAAUGACUUUUUCAUAGCUUUUGGUUAUUAUUUAUCAUCCAUUGUUGGCUGUUUAAUUUUAACUUACAUUGAUUUUUUUAAAGGCACUUUGUUAAUUGAGUAUAUGCCAGAAUUAGUAAUUUCAACUUUUUCAUAAACUUGUCUUUGAUUUAUUUCUAUAAUACCUUCAUUGGUAGUGCAUGUAUGUUGACGAAUAUCCAAAUAACAGUCUUAUUAAUAAUAUCAAAAUGAUUUCAUAUUGUAGAACUUAAAUGUCAGUAUGUACUUAAAAUGUAUAAAUGGAAGUAGAGCUAAUGAUUUUCUUAUUUUAUAGAUAAGAAUAUAGGAACAAAUUAUAUACAGCUUCAUACAUUAAACAAUGUAAUUUUAUCCCAACGAAUUCGCUUAUGAUACAAGAAGCAAGACAUUAGUCCUCAUUUAACUUUAGGUUCAAACUUAUUAGAAUAAGUUUACAUCACUUGCUCCUUGAUUUUUUUAUAUGUCACCAUGUCACAAAAAAAAAUCAAGGAGCAAUUGAUGUGAACUUAUUCUAAUAAGAUUGCUUUAGGUUAUGAUUGUUUCCCAUAUUACUUCUAAAAUAUACAGUAGAUUGUUUUUUGUAGAGCUAACAUAAAAAUCUGUCUAUUACACUUAGUCAUUUUUAAAUGUUUAACUUCAUUUAUACAGUUACAUUUAUUCAUAAUUUUUAAAUGUUAGAUUAAUUUUACCAAAAGGCAGCAACAACAAAAAACACAUAAAUACCUCUAUUCUAUAUAGAUGUAAAAUUUGGUAUUUAAAAUUUAGACCUCUAUUUAUCUCUGUUGACAGUGUUGGAAGGUUAUAUCUUAUUUCUAAAACAUAAAAUUAAAUAUUUACAAACUAAAAAUAUGAAAUUUAUAUUUUUGUCAUCUGGUAAGUCUCUUUAAAUAGCUACAAAAGUAGAAUCUACAUUCAGUUUUUAAAAGUUGAAUCUGAUAUAAAAAAAAAAAAAUACAUAAUUCAGUGAACAAGUGACAAAUACUUUUUCCAAAUUUUGUAUUCUUGUGUUUAUCAUUAAUUUGAUGUUUGUCUGGCAGGUAUCACUUGUUCUUGACCUCAUUAUCAUGGUUUAUUGGUUAAUGUAAAGUUUUCAUGGUUUGGUCUGUUUCUUGGAUACUACAGGCAAAAUGUCAACUAUAUGUGGUGUAUGGAUUUGUUCAGGUGUACAUGUCUGUUGGUAGAAUGUAUCUGACCAUGACUUCCUGGUCAUGGAUCAUUGAUAAUCCUCUUUUUUUUAAAUCUUUAAACAUAAAAUUAAUCUUGGUCAGUAAAGUAGGUUAGACAUUUCAACCCACACCUGUAGCUGUGGGAUUUGUACAAACCCCCCUUGAAAACAAAAAAGCACGGUUAAAGUCGAUGAUCUGUUUGAAUUGUAACUGUUUUAUUCAGGCUUUGCGGGUCCAUGUAACACCCCCCCCCCCCCCCCCCCCCUGGAAAUUCUUACUACAACUACAACUUACGAUCUCUUGUGAACUCUUUAAAUAAAAAUUAUUGUCUAGCAUUUGAUUUGAAGAACUUAUUUGUUUUAAUAGUUUUAUUGUAUUUAUUUUAUUCUAAGUGGUGAGUGUAAGUCAAUUUUUUGAUGUAAUACAAUGAAUGGCCAUUAGUCUGUUACUAUGUAACAACCAUCCAUGAUAAUAUUGAUACAAGUCAUAGAACUGUGAAAGGCUUGAUAUAAAUCCUAAUCUGAUCAGUGGAAAAACUUUUAUUUUGAAGUUAUAUUAACAAGUGUAUAUGAUAUGGCUUUCUCAAUAUAACACACUGUAUCAACCCUAUACCAUUGUUAUCUCUUUAGCAUUUGGCUUAUACUUGUGCCUUGGGUUGAUAAGGAUGUGAUAUUGAAAAUCUCUAUUUGGAAGUUUGUAAUUUUAAUGACGGUUUAUAUUAACAAACAUGAUAUUUGAUUUGUGAUAUUUAUAUUUGUUUGAAAUAUUUGUUAUUUAAUAUUUUUUGUCUUUUUAAUAAAUGUUUAAACAUUC